UCCUCAAGACACACAGCUCACACACACACACACACACACACAGCUCACACACACAGCUCACACACACACACACACACACACACACACACACACACACACACACACACACACACCUCGGAGGACAAGAGCGGUUUUGGAAACUGAGAUCAGACUGUCAGACUGUAACAUGGGAGCCGUCCUCGCCGUAGUCGUCGAGGUGGUCGUGGCAGGAAUAGCUGCCGCAGCCGAAGCCGCCACUACGGAGGCUGUAGCCGCUUUGGUAGAAGUUGGGGUGGAGUUUGUUGUGGAGGCUGGAGAAGUUGCAGUCACUGCAGCAGAGACAGCAGCAGAAACCGCAGCAGAGGCAGCAGCUGAAGGUGCAGCAGAGGCAGCGGGUGAAACAGCAGCUGAGGUGGCAUCCAGCACAGCAGCAGAAAUCACAGCGAAAAUUCUGUCCUACAUCCCCAAACUUUUUAAACUUAUUAAAGAAGCAUGUGCAAUUGACGCCAUAUUCAGAGCUGCAGAAGAAGUUUUAAAACUGAUCUUAUAUGAUCCUUCAGUUGCUGAAAAAUACAACAAACUGCACAUAGCUGUGAACAUUUUAGAAACACUCAACACGAAGAUGAAUGACAUCAUGAAGUGGCUGGAGGACCAUAAGAAUGACUCUGUAGAACUGGAGGGAAUUGAUGUCCCCUUGGAGUCUGGCAUCCUGGCCAAAUUCUUGCAGCAACUCACAGUGGCUCUGGGAAACAUGCAGAGACUCUCAGAAGACAUCAACAAACUCAACCAGAACAAAGAACCAAUCAAAGACGCCCAGAUUACAACUAUAUAUCGCAGCAUGAUCCGUAUCGUGUCAACAUUUGAGUCUCUCGCUCAGUUUAAAGAGGAAAAACAAAGCAAAAUAGCUGCAUUGGCAUCACUUCCUGUCAGCAUGAAGGAAGCAGAGGUGUGGAAGCGUGAGCUGGGUUCUGAGGAUGUUCCUACUCUUCAUCUCUUACAUCUGUCUAAGUUUAGAUAUAAAUAAAAAAUAAACUGGACUGGACUGAAAAUUG